UUUGUAUAAAAACCUUUGCAUUUCGCGGUGAUUCUGAUAUUUUGUUAAGAAUUUAGUUUAUUUUUUGUUAACAUGGCGAGUAAAGUGGCGGUAGUAACUGGUGGAAACAAAGGUAUAGGCUUUGCUAUUGUACGCGGCCUUUGCAAGCGUUUCGAAGGUGAUGUAUAUUUAACAUCACGAGACGAGGAACGCGGUAAAAAAGCGGUAUCGGAACUCAAUAAAGAAGGUUUAAGUCCGCUUUAUCAUCAAUUGGAUAUAAGUGACAAGGAAAGUGUUGAAGUUUUCAGAGAUUUUAUCAAACAGAAAUAUGGAGGAAUUGAUGUCUUGGUAAAUAACGCUGCUAUUGCUUUUAAAGUCGACGCUAAAGAGUCGCUAGCUGUCCAAGCAGCGGAAACUUUAAGAGUUAAUUACUUCUCAGUGCUUACAACAUGCGAAGUAUUAUUUCCUAUACUUCGCAACGGUGCUAGAGUUGUGAAUAUUUCAAGUUUAGCCGGACAUUUGAGUCUCAUAAAGAGCGAGAGUUUAAGAAACCGUUUGAAGGACCCGAAGCUUACUAUUCCCGAGCUUUCUGAGCUGAUGAAUCAGUACAUUGAGGACGUUAAACAAGGAAUUCAUUCCGAUAAAUGGGGUAACUCCUCAUAUGUUGUGUCUAAAGUUGGAUUAACAGCUUUGACAAAAAUACAACAACGUCAACUUAAUGAUAAAGAUAUAAAAGUGAAUGCAGUACACCCUGGUUAUGUAGACACAGAUAUGACAUCACACAAAGGCACACUUAGUAUAGAUGAGGGUGCGGUGGCACCACUGUUCCUUGCACUGGAUGCUCCUGACUCUGUCCGUGGUCAGUACGUCUGGUGUGACAAGAGGAUUGUAGACUGGGAUGGACCCAGUCCUAUAGUUGGAUAGAAAUCACUUCUAAAAAACUUGCAUUUUGUUAUAAGUUGAAUCAUGUGUGUUAUCGUGGGUUUUCAAGACCAAAAUCCCCAUUAAAAUGCCAUCUCUUUUUUGUCAAAGAUAACAAGGAUGACAAUA